AUGAGUUCACGUGCUAUAAUUCGAUUGUGUGACGUAACAAUCCGUAAUUCAACAAAUAUAGCGGCAUCGUCGACAACUAUUUACCAAUCACGUCGUUGGAUAAGUUUACAUGAAUAUCAAAGUAAAAAGAUACUUAACGAGAAUAAUCUGAAUGUACAACGUUUUCAAGUAGUUGAUUCACCAGAAGAUGCAUUCAGAGCUGGACAGGAAUUGAUGAAAACAAUCGCUAAAGAAUUAGUUAUUAAAGCACAAAUAUUGGCUGGCGGACGUGGAAAAGGUACAUUCGAUAGUGGAUUAAAGGGAGGAGUUAAGUUAACAAAGGAUCCAAAAGAAGCUCAACAAUAUGUGAAACAAAUGGUUAAACAUCGUUUAGUAACAAAACAAACACCAAAAGAAGGAGUUGAAGUUCAAAAAGUUAUGGUAGCCGAAGCCUUGGAUAUAGCACGUGAAACAUAUUUGGCUAUCUUAUUAGAUCGUGCUUAUGGUGGUGCUGUACUCAUGGGUUCUCCUUGUGGAGGUGUUGAUAUUGAAGAAGUAGCUGAAAAAACUCCUGAUCAAAUUUAUACGACUCCUAUUGAUCCUGUGCGUGGGAUGCAGAAAGAACAAGCACACGAUAUGGCUGUUAAACUUGGUUUCAAAGGCAAAUUAGCGAACGAGGUUGUGAUUAAUUUUGAUGCUAAAUUAAGUUUUGAUGACAAUGCAAAAUUUCGACAACAAAAUGUAUUCGAUAUGGAAGAUACAAGUGAAAGUGACCAACGUGAAGUGGAAGCGACACAAGCUGGAUUAAAUUACAUUGGUCUUCAUGGAAACAUUGGUUGUUUGGUUAAUGGAGCCGGACUUGCCAUGGGAACUAUGGAUAUAAUAAAACUACAUGGGGGACAGCCAGCCAAUUUUCUUGAUGUUGGAGGUGGUGUUAAAGAAGAACAAGUGUUAGAUGCAUUUAAAAUUUUAUUUAACGACCCACAGGUCAAAGCUGUUCUCGUUAAUAUAUUUGGCGGUAUUGUCAAUUGUGCUAUUAUCGCUAAUGGAAUUGUAAAGGCUUGUCAAAAAUUAGGUUUAAAAAUUCCAUUAGUUGUUCGAUUGCAAGGUACGAAUAUGGAUGAGGCACGAAAAAUUUUACAAAAUAGUUCUUUACCGAUAACAGCGGAGAAUGAUUUUGAACAGGCAGCUAUAAAGGUUUGCUCAAUGGCUCAGGGUAAAUAA